AUGCCUCGAAAGAGGAAUCCGUCCUCUGCGAAUGACAAAGAACAUCCUCUAAUUGACAGGGUUUCUACGGAAGGUGAUCCCCAGUUGGCGUUUGAUUUGUAUGUCGGGACUAACGUAGGGCACGUUUCGUCGCCCAAAUCAGACGCUGGCCCUCGCUUUCACUCCCUCUUAGAACACGAGGGAGAGGAACCAGCUAAAUCAGGUGCUGAGUCAUCUGCCAUGGGGGUAGAGCCAGCAGCCGCUACAGGAAAGCGGAAAGGAACCGAAAACUUGCUGGACCUUAUGGAAGGGGAUGGUGACUCAUCUGCGAACAACACGACAUCACUUUCGCUGCACCAGAUAGGUAACGUCAGUUUCACAUACCCAUGUGUCGAUCAGGUCUCGCGGUAUCGCGAGAUGAAAUACGACGGGGAAAAAACGGUGUCGCACGACUUCAAUGGAACAGAGGAGUCCUACCGACAAGGCGAAGAGCAAUUGCCGCUUAAUUCACAGGAAAGUGUAACAGUUGAUGGAGUCAAUACUUUUCUCACCCAGGACACGGGCAUUACUGUCUCACAGUACGUUUCCGCAUUUGCUUCAAAUUCGACGUCACCUAGGUUAUCGCCUGUUGCAUUAGGUGCUUUGGUGUCUGCAACACCACUGGUUUCCAACCGAGCAGCGUCCUGCGAGCGGGCUGGGAGUCAAGUUAGCGUUGUAUUGUCCCCUCUCUCACGACCAUUGUCUCUUGCUCUGGAGACCCCGUCGUCAACUUGUAUCUCCGUACGUGGAUCCUCAACACGCAGUAGUGCGCCACCACAGCAUCUGUCGAGGAUGUCAAAUUCACCGACCACGUACCAACAGCACUUUCCCCUAACGCGAAGCCGUGAUGAGGCUAGAGAAUUAACGGUCUCGACUUUCACGUGGAACAGCUCCGGGGUGCUUGAUGGAGGGAAGGAGCAUGGCACAUCCUCGAUGCAUAGCGUAGACUCGUUGGCUUGUAUCCAACAGCAGCGGAGUCUUUCAACUCAUGCGAGGGUGGGAAGUGGUGAAAGCGAUAUAUUUCCGCACCCAUCGGAGAGCAUGGAUUCGGACAUACGUGUCGAAAAGGGACGUGACCCUUCGCUGAAGGGCAAUUUAGCCUCCCUAAAUAGGUCUUCUCCGCGUGAUACACAACCGCUACUUGACGAUGUGAAAGCACCCAGUGCCCCACCGGUUCAAAUUAUGCACAGGCCACCCACGGUGCCAAAUCGUACGCUGAAGAGAAACUAUGAAGAUGUCGCUCUGAGCAGCGGAGGUGAAGGCAGUGAUGAUUUUUACGAAGACUUCAACGAUUUCGCAGACGAUGGAGAGGGUAGUGGUGAUGACUUUGGUGAGCCCGAUAGCCGGUUCCAGUCGCACCACUCAAUGCAGCACCGACAGCGGCUCUUUGCCCCACUCAUGUCUAGAUGGCGUACUUCACGGCGCUGUGCUUCGAGAAGUUCAUACAAGCGGUCAAAGCGUUUAGCCGGGGGCAGUAGCGCUGCGGGUGAUGGUUGGAACUUGGCUGAACGGCUCGAGCAACUCGAGCAGAUCCGUGUUACUAACUUUGAGGCGCUUGAAGAGCGGAAGCAGCACCAGCAGAACCAGCAAAGCGCAGCAACGGGCACGGGGGAUGCGCGCGCGGAGAAGCACAAGCCAAGGAGGGCUCCACACGCUACCAGUGGGAGCGGCAGUAGCACCAAUGACGAUUGCACAGCCUAUAGUCCGGCCAGUAUGAGCCCUAACGUUGAGAAGUCCAAGAGAUCCCGUACUGCAGCUGAAGUUGACCUCACCAUUACACCCCGCGUAGGGAAUCAAACAGGAAGAUCACUUCGGUCUCUGUCCACCCCUAGCAGUAGCAGGACGUUAGAUAACAAUAUCGUCAAGGAAAGCGGUAAGGUUUCCAGUGACGGUGAACGAGCUGCAUGCGAGCCGACUGGGGAACUGAAUGAUGUGAACGAAUACAGUAUUGUCAGCUACUGUGAUUCUUCAAACAGAGGAACUACCGGUGAGGCAAGCCCUGAUGAUGACAGAUACAACGAUGAUCACAAGAUGCUGCUACCAGCACUCGGCUCGAUUGAACCCGAAGACCAUCUACCCAACAGCGGGGGUAGCUGCCGCCGUUCGUGGGGAUCAAGCAAAGGGACACGAUCUGCACCUCACGUGCUUCUUAAACGAACCCCACGCUCGACAACGCUUUCUUAUCAUCGCACGACGAGUGUGGUGGCGUCGCUACUCCAAAAGCUCAUGGUCCAGGAUUCCGGGAAGAUCUCCAUAAAGCUAAAUCAAAGCCAUAGUACGCUUGGCUUAGCAGAUAGUAAGGAAUUAACCUCACCCUCAAAACAAAAUGAGCAGCAAAAACGUGGACGGCGUCGGCAAUUUGCACGGUGGAAAGAUCGCACGAAGAACCUUGCUACUGUGUCGCGGAAGGUGAACAAUUCCAAUGGAGCAGCUGCUCCGGUAGUUGCGUGUGUAAAAACAGCCGGACGUGUGCCAGUUCCCGCGAGUGUUCCACUUGAAGCACCCACGACAACCAUCGUGUCCCCCGGGGCACCCGUCACUUAUGCAGCCACGCCUCACGUGGAGAAGUCCACAGAGAAACAUGUCCCCCGUAACACGCCCGUUCACGAACGGGGGAAGGACAGACGGCGCGAUGGUUGUCACUUCUCACCAUCCCGUGGCGAGUCAGGGACAAAGCCGUCGCAAUCAUUAACGUUUGCCCUUGUAGGUCAAGCAACAAAAGUUGGAAUUCGCCUCGCCGUAAGCGGUGGAUGUAAUGGUAAUGUUACUACGACUCAGUCUGCUACACCAAUGACCGCCCGACCUGUAUGUGGCAGACGUUACCGGACAACAACUUGCAGCUCCAACUUCCAGUCAUCGUCGGCGACGGCUGGAGUGUUAGCAACCGCCAACAAGCGUUCGUCAGGUUGCUUCCAAACCACACGGCCUAGAAACGUCGCACCAGGAGGCAAUGUCGCCGGCCCGUCACCCUCCAGUGGUAGUGGUGGUGCAGCGUUCUUCCAGUCGCAAGCUACAGGAAUAGGCUCGCGUACCUGCGGCAAGUCAAUGCAACUUUCCGUGUUAAGCUGUAUGGAACAGCAUCAAGCGACAACUCGCGCCGGCCCUCGCGAAGUUUCACCCCUCAGCAUAAGAGGCUCACCAAGCGCGCAAUCGUAG